AAUCAACUGAUUUAAAGCUCGAUGAGGAAUGAACAAUUACAAUACUAUACAACGACCCGAUGUACAACACGUAUACAUGCCUAUGUCCACACCACUUAGUCAUAAAUCGUAAACAUGGCAAAAAGAAAAAUGAAUAUUACUGAUAAGCGUGUUAUCACUUCUAUUCGACUGACUUUGGUUUUCACUCGUGUCUCUAAUACGAAACAUUCACAUUCGUAAUUAGCUUUGGUCUAAGCCGUACUUAGGAUAUUGGAUCCUCCAAUAGACGGGAAAAUAUAUAAAUACGUACAUACGUGUUUUUUCAUCUAUAUAAAUAAUGUACCCGUCAGACGAGCCAUUGUCAGUUCAAAAGUUGGACGUGCUUUUAAGACAAAGUCUUGGUAACGAUCUUCAAAUAAAGCAUGUUGAAUGGAAGCCUCUAACCGCGCCAGGCGAAAACUUUGGAAGCAUCAUGCUGGCCAUCAUUGUCACCUUAACGCGGUCAAGCAACAAAACGGAGACUCUUCAUCUGGUCGCGAAACUUCCACCCACUUCCACUUAUCUAUUGGGCUUGUUCAACAGUCCAGUGACAUUCAGGAAGGAGCUACAAUUCUACAGCGUGAUGGUGAAGGAAUUCAAAAACCUUCAAAUAGAAAGUGGCGUCAACGAGAAGGACACAAGAGAUCUGGUACCAAAGUUCUUUGGGGGAAGACUAGGUUUAAAAAAUCCAGAACAAUUUGAUGAACAAGCUGCUAUCAUUUUGGAGAACCUGAAACUCAGUGGCUACGAUACGGGCGAUCGAAUCUUUGGGCUGGAUAAGAAGCACACAGAAUUUGCAAUUGAAUCUCUAGCCAAGUUACACGCUCUCGCCAUUGCUUUAAAGAUAAAGAAACCUCAGUUAUAUGAAAGAAUAGCGGUAGAAAUAUUUUUAGACGUUUCAAAUGAAAUCACAGAAAAGUGUGUUAAGGACAUGUUUGGGAAAAGUAAAUCGGAUUUAGAGAGCAUGGAGGAAAUCAGACCGUAUUUAGAUCGAGUUAAUAAGACCAUAGAAUACGGUCUUGAGGCAAACAAAAAUCUUAAGAAACCGGAAGAACCUUGGGCAACAUUUGUUCACAGUGACUUUUGGGUGAACAAUAUGAUGUUCCGACACGAUGAAAAAGGAGAGCUAGUCGAUAUGAAGAUCGUAGAUUUUCAAUUAUCCGCAUAUGAUUACGGUAUGAAAGAUCUGAUCUUCUUUCUCGUGUCGAGCGCGAACGAAGAAAUUCUGGAUAACAAACUGGACCAUAUGUUUGACUUGUAUUAUUCUUGUUUCAUUAAAAUGUUAAAGACGCUAAAAGUAGACACGGAGAAAUUUUCCAAGCAGAAAUUCGACGAAAUUCUGAAUCGUUGUGGGCCUGUAAAAUUCAAUCAAUGUAUCAUGAUGGCUCAAGUGAUUCAGGCACCUAAGAAAAGUAUCUCAGAGAACGUGGAGGGUAGCAAUGUUUUCAUAGAUAUAUCUGACAAUGUAAUAUAUAAACGAAAAUUAUUGCACAUUGUGACUCUAUUCGACAAAAGGGGAUGGCUACUUAAAUAAUAUUGUUGCUAUGUUUUAUCUUGUUAAAUAAUUUUUUAUGAAUUGAAUGGUAUUUUUAUGCAGGAUAAAAAGUACAAAAUUUAUUGUAGAUAAUGAAUGUUGAUAUAUGAUGUACUGUUAAAAUGUAUAUGAUAAUUUGUUUAUAAUAUAUAGAAGUGUAUAUAGAAUUUUAAAGAUGUUAGAGACUUUUACAAUUUAAGAAUUUAGUCUUAAGAAAACACCAAAUAUGUUCAUAAGGACUCUAAUAUUUAAGUUUUAAAAAUUAACUAGUUGUUUAAAAGACAAAUUCGAAGAAAGUGUUUACUUUAUAAAACUGAAUCUGUAAUAUUAUUGUAGAUACCUGCAUCAUGUUAUUUUACACGUAGAUAUACUUGUUUUUCAAAAUAAAAAAUCUAUUUUAUUACAUGAAAA